GCAAUGUCUUUAUUGUUUCCACUUUUGUGUUCCCUUAGAAACUGAAACAAGAGUUAGGGGAGGACGGAGAAAGAUUAGAGAUGGAGAAUGCGGCGACACUGAAUAUUCAUCGCUCAAUUGCUUUGACAUGGAAAUCCCGCAAAGACAUCAUCUUCUUCAAACCCUUAUUAAACCCAAAACCCAAACCCUUCACUAGCUUCCCAACACUAAUCGCCCUGUCUUCUCUUGGUUCAUCGUCACCGGCACCGUCACACCAAACCUCUUCCUCAAUGCACACGACGCUUCUUGUUGAGGCCUACCAUAAUCAUUGCAGGCUCAAAGCCUUGCUUCAUAAGCUCGAAGAGGAGAACGCUUGCCCUUUGCUGUUGCUCCGAGAUGAUGGGGAUUGGACCAAGGACCAGUUCUGGGCCGUCAUCAAAUUCCUCAGAUAUUCUUCAAGGUGCAAAGAAAUUCUUCAGGUAUUUGAUAUGUGGAAGAACAUUGAGAAAGCACGAAUCAAUGAACUGAAUUACGAAAAGAUAAUAAGGUUGUUGGUUGAAGAGGAUAUGAUGGAAGAAGCCGUCAGGGCACUUAGAGAAAUGGAGUUUCAUUGUCUUAAACCUUGUUUAGAGGUUUAUAAUUUAAUUAUUCAUGGUUAUGCAAGAAAUGGGAAGUUUGAUGAUGCUUUGUUUUUCCUUAAUGAGAUGAAAGAAAUUCAUUUGGCUCCUGAAACCUGCACCUAUGAUGGACUUAUUGAAGCCUAUGGAAAAUAUAAGAUGUAUGAUGAAAUUGGUUUGUGUUUGAAGAAGAUGGAAAUGGAUGGCUGCUUGCCUGACCAUUGGACGUACAAUUUGCUUAUCCGUGAAUUUUCACGCGGUGGGUUGCUCAAGAGAAUGGAGAAAGUUUAUCGGACUAUGCUUUUGAGAAGGAUGAAUUUCCAGCCUUCUAGUUUGGUUGCUAUGCUUGAGGCAUAUGCAAACUUUGGGAUUCUAGAUAAGAUGGAGAAGGUUUAUCGAAAAGUUUUGGCCUUUAGAGAAUUGAAAGAGGAUUUGGUCAGGAAAGUGGCUAGUGUUUAUAUUGGACACCAUAUGUUUUCAAGAUUGGAUGAUUUGGGACUUGAUCUUUAUUCAAGAGAAGGUAGUAAUGACACUGUGUGGUGCCUGCGCCUCCUUUCUCAUGCUUGUCUCUUAAGUCGAAAAGGAAUGGAUUCCAUUGUUCAACAGAUGGAGAAAGCAGAUGUUCCUUGGAAUGUGACAAUUGCAAAUAUUAUCUUGCUGGCUUAUUUGAAGAUGAAAGAUUUCAACAACUUGAGAAGCUUAUUUUAUAGCUUAUCAACCCAUCAUGUGAAGCCUGAUAUUAUCACCAUUGGAAUUCUAUUUGAUGCAAACAGGGUUGGAUUUGAUGGAGCUGGAAUUUUAGAAACAUGGAGAAAAAUGGGCCUUCUUUAUAGAGAUGCAGAAAUGAACACUGAUCCACUGGUUCUCACUGCAUUUGGAAAGGGGCAUUUUCUUAGAGGUUGUGAAGAUGCAUAUAUUUCCCUUGGACCUGAUGCUAGAGAAAAGAAAAGGUGGACAUAUCACUGCAUUAUUGAUUUAGUUAUUAAAGAAAACAGCAAGCAGCCUAUGUAAAUGCUACAUAUUUUGAAUCCCAAGAAUCACUAGUUCAUCCCACUGAGCUGGUAGUAGGGUGUGGUGGGUGCUUGGGAAGCUGCAGAGGUGAAGUCAGCAUAAGCUAACCUAAGAAGUAUAACAUCAAGGGAACAUACAUGAGGCAGUUCGUUGGUUGCCCAGCAUCAAAUUGCACUCGUGAAAGUUCUCUGUUUGUUAUGGUGGGAAUUCAAACAGUUUGAUCAUUAUUUGGAUCUUGCCUGUAUGUCAACUUCCACGGAGCUCGUGGUGAACUUUCUGUCAAAAGUGGUAAUCACAUGCUGGCUUUGACAAUAUGCAACCGAGAAUAUUUCAAUUUUCAAGAUCAAAUGGAUGAAAUAAUCACCUGAAGAGCAUCAAUUCUAUGCGAGAAAAGUUCAGCUACUAUCCUCUGCUGUUAAAUCCCGAAGAAACAUUUCUAUUUCGG